GACUUCAUUUUUCUGGACUUUCCCUUUUCAUCCUAAAUAGCCUUAUCAAACUUCAAGUUUCUCACCUUUCUCAUCUUCCUUUAACUUCCAUUAACUUCCUUCAAUUUCCUCCUCAAACUUUAACUUUCUCAAUCUCUCAACCUCUCAACUUCCUCAACCUUCCAACUUCUCCAAUCUCUCAACUUCCUCAACCUUUCAACUUCUCUAACCUUUCUCAACUUCUUCAACUUCCUCAAUUUUCAAAACUCCACAAUCAAAUCUUCACAAUACAAACCAAUCAACAUCACUCCAAGAGAUUUACAAUUUGCAACAAUCAAAACCUUGUGCGUGGCAAUAGCCACAGGUAUCUCCCCAAAUCUAUAAGUCACUCCGCCAUUAUGGGUGAUCAUGAUAUAGACAUAUACGAACUUCCAGAGCGCUCAAAAAAGCUCUUAGAGCCUUCGCUACAACCUUUUUACUUCUUACAACUUCGAUCUGUUAUCCCAUUCUCGCAGUGUGCCAUCGCCAUUGAAUAGAAUAUUGGAAAGUCACUCCGCCGUUAUGGGUGAUCACGAUAUAGACAUAUACGAUCGAUGUUUUGUGGUGGGCAGCGAUUGCCCGUUGUGCUCCUACCCUCGAGCAAGCAGCUGGGUUUGGGGACCCAGAUCAGCUCCCACCAUACGCAACGGAAGGGCAACGCAACUUCAUGAGAAGCCAAUACUCUCUUGAUCCUAUGACCAGACUACAACAGACCGGGUUGGAACCUGUAAGAUUGACAAUACAAUAUCGCAUGCACCCGGAUAUAUCGGAGUCACCGUGCAAGCAUAUUUACACGAAAGCCAACCCUGCGACGGGAGAACGUGAACUGGUCUUGUUCAAUCAUGAGUCGACGAGAAAUAGAUCACAGAGAGCAAACGUGUUGAGAUGGAUGUCAACAUACCUUGAAAGACCCAUCGAGAGCACAAAGUCAUCUAUGUUCGUUGCUGUGGAGGACAGUAUAUGUCUACAACAAAAAAUGGGUCUAAAUGUUCCCAUCAUAAUGUCGUCGUGGUGGCGGAUACUGUUAAAAGGCUACUGGAUAGUGGUCUCAAUACAAAGGAUCUAAUGAUCAUAUCGUUCUAUAAUGAGUCCGUUAUGCUCAUUAAGAGACUGCUAGCACUGCGAAAGAUUAGUGUUGCGGUGGAGCUGGCAUCGGUCGACAGUUCUCAGGGGAGAGAGAAAUUGGUGGUUAUAGUAGAGAUUUCUACGACAGCCAACCGUGAGCUGCCGUUGGGGUUCUUGAGAAAAGUCAACAGACUUAAUGCUGCGAUGACUCGGGCUAGAGAAGGACGCAUCGUGAUUUCUCACAAGAGAGUUUGUCAAGACAUAGUGUUCAACAAGAUGGCGUCCGGAAUAUGGUUGCAGGAUUUUGCCAGGACCCACAUCGCAGAUAAACAAACGAAGUUUAUCACAGUGGGACGCAGAUUACUGGAACAUGAAACAUUCUUUACUCCAGAUCGUUAUGAGAUAGUUUCUAGGGUGAAGCCAGCACCAGGUGAAAAGGCAAAAUGUGCAUCAACAAUAUAUAAUACAUUGCGGCGUUAAAUUAGUUACAUGUUUACCAAUCCAAAUAAUUUGAUAGUCUAUUA